UCUUUUGUUAACCUAGCAUGUUAAAUACAGUUAGCCAACAAAGCCAAUUGGUUAGAGAGCCGACAGUAGGUGUCUGCUCUGGUCAUGAUAGAUAGAAUUGCUGCAUGAUAUCUUGUCUUGUCGUUGCCGUUUCAGCCAGCUUCAGGAAAAUGGUUUAACGAUCAUCGAAGAUCGUUAGUUGACUGGUUCAACAAUCUGCUGCAGCUGAAAAGCUACUCUGUUGACCGUGCAUGCAACAGUGAACCACAGCUAGCUAAACCCAAUGAUGAUGCUCCAGGACGGGUCAACACAGGUCCUCUGCCUCACAGCCAGCAGCGGGGUUCCUCUUUUCACAAGGGGAGCCGCCAAACAGCUGCCCUUCUCUGUCAUCGGCUCCCUGAAUGGUGUUCACAUGUUUGGAGGUGGUCAGGGAGUAGUGUUGUCCUGCUGUGAGACUGAAGGCGGGGGGAAGGUGGUGUGGAGAGUUUUCCAGGACAGUGUGAUGCUCAUCGCUGUGAGUGGAGGUGGACAAAGUGGUGCAGGCAGCAGCAAAGAGGAGGAGGUGCGUUUACAACGACUCCUGGAGAAUGUGUGGAACUGCAUGGUGCUGGUGUUGGGGCAGGAUGAGUUGGCCAACAUGAGGAAUGUUGAGAGGCUGAAAAGGGACUUGCGAUCCUGCUUCAGCCUCAUUGAUCAGCUGUUGGAGGAGAGGCAAGAGGGCAUCCUGGGCAACCUGACACACUGCGCUGAUUCACUGCUGCCUCCAAGCCCUGCUCUUCUUCAAGAAGCUGUGGAUGGCUUUGCUCAGGCUGCGGACAGUGAGUUUGGUUGCCUUAUUGUCCACGGGCGAAUAACUGCAGCAACUGAGAAGUGGUGGCGCCUAGCACCACAGGAAGUUGUGCUGCUCUCUGCUUUGAUUCGCUCCCUCUCAGCCUCUGGAUCAGAUUCUUGUGAUUACCCAGUUUUCCUUCCUCAUGGCAGCCCCACCGUGGCCCAUCGCCUGCUUCGCUUCCAGCUGCUCCCUGGAGCAGAUGUAUGUGUGCUGUGCGGUCCUACCCCUACCCUGCAUAGAGCAGAGAGUGGGCUGGUGUGUCGUUUCUGGUCACCCUUGGUGGAGACUCUGAGAGACUGCCUGGCUGUUGGAGAGCGCUGUUUACCAGCAUCUGUAUCCCUGCGCCCUGAUGUGCUGGCACUUCUUCUCAUCAACCGUGAAACACGUCGGUCAGUCUCUUGUGUGCGGACUCCCACUAACCAUCUGCACAGUGACCCUCCUUUACCCUCCAAGGCCCGCUGCUGGGAGCUGCUGAAGCUGUUCUAUAUCUUCAGCACAACACGCUACUUCAGCCAGGAGGAGACAUUGUGUGUCUCCCCAGAGGAGAGGGCUGAGAGAAGCAACACUGAAGACUUUGUCCUUGGAUUCUCACACCAGCCGCUACAGUGCUACCUAGUUACAGAGGAGUGCAAAAGCUAUGGACUUCAGACAGCGCAGCAUCAGCUCUUCCUGCUUAUUCCAUCAUCAGUCCCCACCUUUGCACUCCGCACGGUGGCAACACAGACUCUCUCUGAUAUAGUUGCAGCCACUCGGUUUUAAUUCAACAGUUCACUUUGCUAUAACAUCUCAAUUUUGGGGAAACCUACCAUGUUUCACCUCAUAAUAUCUGAAUUAACAGGUGAAUAGCCAUUCACCUGUAAUCUGAAUUCACUGCUGAUAUUUAAUUUUUCCCAUAUACAGUAUAUUUCCUGAUGACUGCAAACCUAAAAUUACAUGUUGACUAACAGAUCUACAGUAGAGGCAUAAAAAUCAGCUUUCAUCUGUUCAUCUUUUAUGAAGACAAUGAUUAACUGACCACUCAUGAGAGCUGUUCAGUAGAAAAAUGUAUCACUGUUAAUCUAGUAUGAAAUAUGAAAGUAUGAAAACUGUUGAAAAUGUCAUACCAAAGUGAACUUCUUUUAGGCUUGUUUUGCAUUUAAGAGAAAAGUCACUCUCCCAAUUGUGUCUAACUUCACUGGCUUCAAGGCUAAACUGUCACAGCAAUGAAAGCUGGCUAGAUUGCAGUUCAAAUUCCCUUGGCACACUGAAUACUAACAUUAUCACUAGGGUUGCACUGGGUUUUAAAAUGUAUUAGGGAAUAAUGUGAAAAGUUGCACUGGGAUAAAUAAGUGCCUGCUGUUUAUUGUUCUGAAAUUUUGAAUCAUUUAGCUUAAAGAAAGAUGAAAUAAUUUAUUUGUCUGCUUGAGUUCUGAUCCUAAAUAUAGUCUGUUACCUUCUA